UCGCGAUCCAAGUUCUCAAUCUGGAAUCAGCAGCAGAAUAGCGCUAGCCCUAAAUCGUCCCGCUUCGUCGCUGCCCCAAAUCGUACCGCCCGCAAGUCGUCCACCGCCACCGGCGAUUACUCUCCACCGGCGGCGUCUAUAGCAUUUGUGGGCGACUCUCCAGGACUUACGUUAUGCUAUAAGUAUUACUUGAUAACCAUGGCCUCCAAAGGUCCAAGGUGUAAGCUUGACCAUGACACAAGGGCUAGGCGGCAAAAGGCACUUGAAGCUCCCAAAGAACCUCGGCGCCCUAAAGCUCAUUGGGAUCAUGUUCUGGAAGAGAUGGUUUGGUUGUCAAAGGACUUUGAGUCAGAGAGAAAAUGGAAACUGGCUCAGGCAAAGAAGGUUGCUAUAAGAGCCAGCAAGGGCAUGUUGGAUCAGGCCACAAGGGGAGAGAAGAGAAUGAAGGAAGAGGAGCAGCGGUUGAGAAAAGUUGCUAUCAGUAUUUCCAAGGAUGUGAAAAAAUUCUGGAUGAAAAUAGAGAAGCUGGUUCUAUAUAAGCAUCAGCUAGAGCUUGAUGAGAAAAAGAAGAAGGCGCUUGAUAAACAGCUCGAGUUUCUUUUAGGGCAAACUGAAAGGUACUCUACAAUGCUAGCAGAAAACCUUGUGAAUUCACCAAUUCCUCCCAAACCGUUGGAUUUACACCCUGCUAAAGAACAACUGAGUAUUCAAUAUAAAGAAAGAGAUGAAAAUGAUAUCAAGAAAUUGGCCGAAUUAAAUGUUGAAUCUCAGUCAGAUACUGCAGACAUUGAUGAAGACUAUGCUUUACCGUCAGAUGAUGAAUCGGAAGAUGACGAGCAUACUAUUGAGGUAGAUGAGGCUCUCACAACUGAAGAGGAAACACGAGAAGAACUGGCAGCUUUGCAGAAUGAAGUAGAUCUGCCUCUAGAGGAGCUACUUAAACAUUAUGAAGUGGAGAAAGUUAACCAAGAAAGUAGUCCAGAAAAGGAUGAGUGUUUAGCUGCUACAACUCCUGUGGGGGAUGACGACAGCGAGAGCAAAAUAAAUAAUAUCUCUGCUGUCCCUAAGAUUGGCACCUGCAGCCCACCUGCAGUCCUUGAUCGUCGUUGUGGUGAAAGUAACGGUGGCUUCUCGAUUUUAGAAAACCAUGUUUCAGAAGUUGAGACUGGCCAAAUCACAAUUCUGUCACAAAAAUUUCAAGAGUCAGACAAGCAGCAAAUGCUAUACGACUUUAAUGAUGAACAGGGAGAUUGUGAUUUCGUACUUGGUAUUGGAGAAGAAAAGGAUGACGAGACAACAUUGUCAGAGGAGGAAGAAGUGGCCAAGGCUGACUUAAAUGAUCCCAUAGAUGAGAUUGCAUUAUUGCAGCAGGAGAGUGAAAUUCCUGUAGAAGAAUUGCUUGCAAGGUAUAAGAAGGACUACGACACGGAUGAAGAUGUGGAUGAUAACUCUGAAUCUUUAUAUUCUUCUGCUUCUGAGGAUUUAUUGGAUUCUCCAGCACAGCAAGACAUUGAACAGAAGCAGGAUGGCAUUCCUGUGGAUGAAGACGACGGCACUAGUGAACUACAGCCUGUUAUGCGUUCUCUUACAGAAGAACAGGAAGCAGAACCGGAGAGAAAUUCUGAAGAAGGAAGCGAGGGUGAGAAUAUAAUUGCUGAUGCAGCUGCUGCUGCAAGAUCAGCACAGCCUACCGGAAACACAUUUUCAACAACCAAAGUGCGCACAAAGUUCCCUUUUCUUCUCAAGUACCCUCUUCGUGAGUAUCAACAUAUUGGCUUGGACUGGCUUGUUACAAUGUAUGAGAAGAGGCUUAAUGGGAUUCUAGCUGAUGAAAUGGGGCUUGGGAAGACAAUUAUGACAAUCGCUCUUCUUGCACACCUAGCCUGUGAAAAAGGAAUCUGGGGCCCCCAUCUCAUUGUUGUCCCUACAAGUGUCAUGCUCAACUGGGAAACUGAAUUUCUGAAAUGGUGUCCUGCUUUUAAAAUAUUAACGUAUUUUGGAAGUGCAAAAGAGCGCAAAAUUAAGAGGCAAGGGUGGUUGAAGCCAAAUUCUUUCCAUGUUUGCAUAACAACUUAUAGACUUGUAAUACAGGAUUCAAAAGUUUUCAAGCGGAAGAAAUGGAAAUACUUAAUUUUGGAUGAAGCUCAUCUGAUAAAAAACUGGAAGUCCCAGAGAUGGCAAACUCUUCUAAAUUUCAACUCGAAACGGCGUAUACUUUUGACUGGUACACCAUUGCAGAAUGAUCUCAUGGAACUCUGGUCUCUAAUGCAUUUCUUGAUGCCUCACAUUUUUCAGUCCCAUCAAGAAUUUAAGGAUUGGUUUAGUAAUCCAAUAUCUGGAAUGGUAGAGGGACAAGAAAAGGUAAACAAAGAAGUCAUUGAUCGGUUGCAUAAUGUCCUUCGUCCAUUUAUACUUCGCCGAUUGAAAAGAGAUGUGGAGAAGCAGCUCCCUAUGAAAGUUGAACAUGUCAUUUACUGUAGACUCUCAAGGAGGCAGCGUAACUUGUACGAAGAGUUUAUUGCUAGCUCUGAGACACAAGCAACGCUUGCGAGCGCCAAUUUUUUUGGGAUGAUUAGUGUUAUAAUGCAACUUCGUAAAGUUUGCAAUCAUCCUGAUUUAUUUGAAGGUCGUCCUAUUGUUAGUUCCUUUGAUAUGAACGGCAUUGACAUCCAAUUGAGUUCCACCCUUUGCUCAGUGCUUGAACCCGACCCAUUUUCUGCUGUUGACCUUAACGGUUUUGGAUUUUUAUUUACUCAUCUGGAUUUUUGCAUGACUUCUUGGGAGAGUGAUGAAGUUCAAGCUAUUGCUACCCCAUCAAGCUUAAUUGAGAGGGGUGCUGAUCUGGUUAAUCUAGAAGAAGUUGGGCCUGGAUUCAAGUAUCAGAAAAGGCUGCAUGGAACAAGUAUUUUUAAAGAGAUCCAAAAGGAAAUUUUGGAGGAGAGGCUUAGAGAGGUGAAGGAACGGGCAGCAUCUCUUGCAUGGUGGAAUUCCUUGAGAUGCAGGAAAAGACCCAUUUACUCAACAAGCUUACAAAAUCUGGUCACUGUGGAGCAUCCUGUUUAUGAUAUUCAUUGUCCAAAGGGGAACCCUUUGUCCUGCUUGAAUUCCUCUAAGCUUGCUAACAUCGUACUGUCACCAGUUGAGCGCUUCCGGAAAAUGAUUGAUCAGGUUGAGAGUUUUAUGUUUGCAAUCCCGGCAGCACGAGCUCCACCACCCGUUUGCUGGUGCAGUAAAAUUAGAACAUCUGUCUUUAUCCAUCCAACUUACAAGGAGAGAUGCUCUGAAACUUUGUCACCUCUUCUAACACCUUUUCGCCCUGCAAUAGUUAGGAGGCAAGUCUACUUCCCCGACAGGCGGCUCAUACAAUUUGAUUGUGGUAAGCUACAGGAGCUUGCAGUUUUACUAAGGCGAUUGAAAUCAGAAGGUCACCGAGCACUAAUAUUCACCCAAAUGACAAAGAUGCUUGAUAUCUUGGAGGCUUUCAUAAAUUUGUAUGGUUACACUUACAUGCGUUUGGAUGGAUCCACUCAGCCAGAGGAGAGGCAAACACUAAUGCAGAGGUUUAACACAAACCCAAAAUAUUUUCUUUUCAUUUUGUCAACCCGUAGUGGAGGUGUUGGUAUCAAUUUAGUAGGGGCAGAUACGGUUAUCUUUUAUGAUAGUGACUGGAAUCCUGCUAUGGAUCAACAAGCUCAAGAUCGUUGCCACCGAAUAGGACAGACACGUGAAGUACAUAUCUAUCGGUUAAUAAGUGAUAGCACCAUUGAAGAGAACAUCUUAAAAAAGGCCAAUCAGAAGCGUGCUCUUGAUGAUUUGGUUAUACAGAGUGGAGGAUACAACACUGAUUUUUUCAAAAAACUGGAUCCUAUGGAGUUGUUUUCAGGUCAUAGAACAAUUCCCAUAAAAAACGUUCAGAAAGAGAAAAUUUGCAACAGUGGAACUGAGGUUUCUGUAUCUACUGCGGAUGUGGAGGCUGCUUUGAAGUAUGCUGAGGAUGAAGCAGACUACAUGGCAUUAAAGAAAGUUGAACUGGAAGAGGCCGUGGACAAUCAAGAGUUUACUGAAGAAGCCAUUGGGAGGUUGGAAGAUGAUGAGUUUGUAAAUGAGGAUGACAUGAAGGCCAAUGAAUCUGCUGAUCCAAGUGGCUUUAUCACAACUUCAAAUACAGACAACGAGCCAAUAUUGAAUAGGAGUGAUCCAAAUGGAGAGAGAGCUCUCAGUUUUGCCGGUCAAGAAGAUGAUGUUGACAUGCUGGCUGAUGUUAAACAGAUGGCAGCGGCAGCAGCAGCAGCCGGACAAGCAAUAUUGUCAUUUGAGAAUCAGCUACGUCCAAUUGAUCGAUAUGCAAUACGCUUUAUGGAGUUGUGGGACCCCAUCAUAGACAAGACAGCAAUGGCAUCCCAAGUUAGGUUCGAGGAAACUGAGUGGGAGCUUGAUCGUAUGGAGAAGUUUAAGGAGGAUAUGGAAGCUGAGAUUGAUGAUGAUGAAGAACCUUUUGUAUAUGAAAGAUGGGAUGCUGAUUUUGCAACCGAGGUGUACCGACAACAGGUUGAGGCCUUGGCCCAACAUCAGCUGAUGGAGGAACUGGAGUGCGAAGCUAAAGAAAAGGAACUUGCGGACUAUGAAAAUUCUGAUUCCAUGAUGAAUGAUAUUUCAACUGUUCCUAAACCCAAGUCAAAGAAGAAGCCUAAGAAAGCCAAGUUCAAAUCCCUGAAGAAAGGAGCUCUAGCUUCUGAGUCAAAAUCUGUAUCAAAAUCUGUAAAAGAUGAACCUUCAGUAGAACCUAUGUCAGUAGAUGACGAGAUUGAUCACGAUGUGAUCAGCUCUCCGGAUAUGAUAUCACCACAUUCAACUGUAGAGAAGAAACGUAAAAGAGCACCAGAUGGGGAUGGCAUUAAGAUCACAAAGUCCAAGAAAGUCAAGAAGGCUCGUCCUGAGACAAAUCUUUCAUUAUUAGAUUCCAACUUGCGGGGUAGGCAGCAUAAUGAGCCAAAAUAUCUGAAAUUAUGUGAGAGCAUUGAUGUUGAUCUUGAGCAGAAGUCAAUAAGCAGGAGCAAGGCGGGGGGAAAAAUCUCCAUCACUGCCAUGCCAAUAAAGCGAGUUUUGACAAUUAAACCAGAGAAGCUAAAAAAGAAGGGGAACAUUUGGUCCAAAGAUUGUUUCCCAUCACCUGAUUUUUGGUCACCGCAAGAGGAUGCUCUAUUGUGUGCUGUUGUGCAUGAAUAUGGCCCGAACUGGAGCUUGGUGAGUGAAACAUUGUAUGGGAUGACAGCUGGUGGAUUUUUUAGGGGAAGAGUUCGCCAUCCUGUCCAUUGCUGUGAGAGAUUUAGGGAACUCAUUCAAAGAUAUGUUUUAUCCUCAGCAGACAAUUUUAAUAAUGAGAAGGCCAGCAAUACUGGAUCUGGAAAGGCUCUUCUCAGAGUUACCGAGGAAAAUAUGCGGAUGCUAUUGGAUGUUGCUACUGAAUUGCCAGAUAAUGAACCACUCAUUCAAAAGCACUUCUCUGCCCUUCUUUCUUCUGUCUGGAGGGCCACAUUUCGCCUUGACCGCAGACACACCCUCUCUUCUUCCCGGAAUGGCCUUUAUGUUGGUGGAAGGUUUUUCACCUCCACGGUAAACCAGAUUGCUAGGAAUUCCACAAGGCAACCUUCUGAAAGGAUGAACUUGACUAAUCUUAGUCAGAGUAGCAAGCUAGUUGCAGCUGCACUCUAUGAUGCCAACAGUACACGACAGGAUGAUAGAGUUCCCAUUUUCAACCCAAGGGAAGAAACUCCAGUGGUUGCAGAGCAGUUGGAGAUUAUGCUUGAACUUCAUAGGGAGAGAGGGGACUCUAUGAUUUCGUUGCCAUCUGUCAUAAAUCUUUCAAUUUGUGGCCCACACUCGGCCCCGUCUUCAAACACAUCUACGGGAGAAAGUCAUCAUCUUAUGUCCUCCCAAAAUAUGGCUGAGAACCGAUUCAGGGCUGCAUCCAGAGCCUGCGUUGAAGGUUGUUUAGGUUGGGCCUCAUCGGCUUUCUCAGUGGGUGAUGUCAAGUCUCGAACUACAUCAAAGUCUUUAACUUUGGGAAAACACAAGCUUUCCAUGUCUGAAUCAACCAAGCCUUCUAAAUCAAAGAUGAGAAAAACUACAUUGGAGUCUAGUGAUACACCCUGCCUAGUCACUGAUCUGGCAGCGAAACCUGCUAUGACAGUACCCAAUGAAUCUAAUCUAAGGUUUGAUCAGACAUUGCCUACCAAUCCGGAUGUUGGAAUAUAUGAUUUGAACAGUAGUUCUCUUUUUGACAAUGAUGAGCUAACAAUAGAAACGGACUGUUCUGUUCUGGUCCCCCAUCAUUAUGUUCCCGACUUUAUCUCUGGACUUGAGGAAUGUUCAUUGUCACCAGAAUUCGUAGAUAUCGGCUUGUUGCCAGAAUUCAUAGAUAUCGGCUAGGAUCGAUCAGGGAUCUGAAUCCAUUUUACGUUUUGGGUUUCAAGCUGUCAAAUUUUGGAGAGCAUGAAUACUCUUGUCGUCGAAGUAUCCAUUACUCAAGACUUGGGGAAUCAUUAGCGUGUUCUCGGGUGCAUGGACGAUCAGGAAAGGGUGCUUGCUUUUGCGAAUGCCGAUCUGAGGGACUAGAUCUGGCCAGCAGGACCGUGGCAAUAAUGAUAUCAUAAGGUGGAUUGAAGUGGCCUUUCAGGUUGGGAGGAGGAUACAAAAUAUUGAUACAGAAUGUAAUAUAGUGUUGCAUGCAAGUGGCCCGUUAGCAUUGAUACUAACGGGCAGGGAAUUUGUGCUUAUAAUUUUUUGGGGGCGUCAGUUAACAGUAUUUAUGUAGGCACAGUUCCCUCAUAGAAAGCAGAGAAGGAAAAUAGUAAAUCGAUUAGCAGAAAGUCUCUCUCUCUGCGUGUGCGCUGGGAAACUGUUAAACUAACAAACUCCAUUAAAAGGUUUUAGAUUUUUUUUUUUUUUUAAUCAUUUUGGAAGGUUUAAAGAUUUACUCUGACA